UAACUCUGGAAAAAGAGUGCAGAGCUUGAGACGCGGAGAACGUGGCGCGCAAAAUUACGCACGCAGAGAGCUGAGCCGUCUUGGCGGUGAGGAGCUGGAGCGCGAUUUUUUUUGGGGGGGGGAGUCAAAGGAAGAAGAAAAAACCGGGGGGGAGGAUGGUGCAGCACAUGGACAACAGCGAGACGGAUGGAAGCAUGUCCAGGGAGGCGACGGACACGGAGGAGAGUGAAUUUAUGGCGUGCAGUCCCGUGGCGAUCAACCCGGACUGGUGCAAAACGGCCACCGGGCACAUCAAGAGACCCAUGAACGCCUUCAUGGUCUGGUCCAAGAUCGAGCGGAGGAAGAUCAUGGAGCAGUCGCCGGACAUGCACAACGCGGAGAUCUCCAAGCGCCUGGGGAAGCGGUGGAAGAUGCUGAAGGACAGCGAGAAGAUCCCGUUCAUCCGGGAGGCGGAGCGGCUCCGGCUCAAGCACAUGGCCGACUACCCCGACUACAAAUACAGACCCAAGAAAAAACCAAAGCUGGACGCGUCCAAGUCCUCGGCGCCGUCUCCGGAGAAGUGCGCAAAGCUGGCGAAGACUCCCAGCAAGAAGUGCUCUAAGAUGAAGAAGAGCGGCUCCAAGUCUGCGCACAGCUACGGGGACGACUGCGUCUUUAAAGUUGCAAAAACUGUCAAAAGUGAGCUGACGGACGAUGAGGACGACGACGACUACGAGGAGGACUACCGGAUGGGGAUUAAGCGCGCGGAGGAGGAGCGCCUGCGGCCCUACAAUGUAGCCAAAGUUCCCGCGAGCCCAACUUUGAGCUCCUCCGCGGAGUCCGAGGGCGCGAGCAUGUACGAGGAGGUGCGGAGCCACAACAGACUCUUCUACAACAUCAAGAGCAAGCAGAGCGCGGCCGCCUCCGUCUCACCAGCAUCCUCCCGGUCGGUCUCCACAUCCUCCUCCUCCUCCUCCAGCAGCAGCAGCAGCAGCUCCUCUUCCUCCUCUGGAGAGGACGCAGACGAUUUAUUGUUUGACUUUAGUUUGAAUUUCGCCCCCAGCGCGCCGGGAUCAGAGCUGGGGAACUCCGGAAACCUGUCCCUGUCUCUGGUGGAUAAGGACCUGGACUCUUUCAGUGAGGGCAGCCUGGGCUCCCACUUUGAAUUCCCAGACUACUGCACGCCGGAACUCAGUGAGAUGAUCGCAGGGGACUGGCUGGAGGCGAACUUUUCAGACCUGGUCUUCACAUACUGAAGAGAGAAAAAAAAACCCUCAAGAAACGUGUAAAACUGUUCUUUAAGUAAGGGAGAUUUGAACGGAGCCCAGCCUCCUGCAGGCGUUUUUGGGCCCUUUUUUCUAUUAUUAUUAUUGGAGAGUCCUGGAAGAAGAAGGUGAGCUUUGAGGAAUGAGAUGCUUCUGAAUUCCAAAUUUAAAAAAAGACAAAUAAGUGACAUUUUCGUGUUUAAUCGGGCAGCAUGACAGGGUUUGAUGGAUUUUUUUCCCCUUCCGCUCAUAGGUCUGUUUUUGUUUUAACAACUCCAGCUUAGAAGGACCACAAGAAUGGGGAAAAAGACACAAACUUCUAUGCAUCUCAGAAAACAAACAAACAUCCAAACUGCAGGGAGCCGAACACGGACCGUGGACUGUCUCAUAAGCAAAUCUGUGAACCUGUUCUAAUGUAAUUUCUAAAAAAAAAUGUUUCAGUUUUUUUAUAAUUUUUUUCUACCUGAUUCCGUUUUACCUCCUGGUUUUUUGGGGAAAAAAAAAUAAUGAAGCAGCCUCUGCCGAACAGGAAGGAGGAGGCAAACGCAGAGGAUACAUUUUGAUACAUAACAGACCUCAUCUUUUUAAAAGAAAAGUAAGAUAUUUUCAGGCAUAUUUUUGUACAGUCCAAAAAAAAAAGGGAAUGUUCUUACUGUGCUUUCAGUGAGUUUCAGGCACUUCUUCCCUUUAUCGUUUGGUUUUUGAUUUGUUUUGGUUUUUUUCUUUUGGAGCAUGCAAGGGAGUCCUGGUUUUAAGGAUUAAGUUAAGUUAAGACUUGCAUCAAAAAUGCCUUGUGAUUUUAAACUAGGUUUUUUGUACAGUUGUAGAACAGAUUUGUUGAGUAUUUGUAGACAAUACAAUGGCAUCAUGGGGGAACACAUACCUCAGAGCUGGAACUAGUUUCAAGAUUGUAUAUGUAAUGUAAUAUAGUAAAGUUAGGAGUUUAUGUAUAUCAUACUCGUGAUAUGUGGAUGGGUCCCAAUCGCAGGUGUGAAACUGGAUUUCUUUUUUUAUUUUUUUGGUAUUUUUUAAUGGCACAUACUGUUUCUCCCCCCAUCCCUAAUUUUUUUAUUAUUUGUUUUAUUUUCUCUCUCAUUUUUUGUGCAAUAUAUACUCUUGAGAUACAGACCAUCAACAUUUGUAGCAAGUGAUGGGGGAAAAAGAAAAAAAAACAGACUUGUGCACUGUCAACAUCCUGUUGUGAUGCUGAAGCCUGUCCAGGGCGAGGAAAACAGACAACAACAAAAAUCAGCUGGAACUGAUAGAUUUAAAUGUGGGAACAAAAAAAAACCUUUUAGUAAUAAUUAAUCCAGCUGAAGCAAAGAGGGGGGCAUAGUCUGAUUCUGUGGUGGUCUGAUGGUUUAGCAAAAAAUAUAGAAGAAAAAAAAAAGAACAUUCCAUAGUUCCUGUUUCAUAAAAUGAAACUUUUAUUUUGAAACUGAAGACUGCCUUCUUUUUUUAAGACAUUUACCACAAACCUGUAUUUUUUAUUUCUUGCACUUAAGGAAAAAAAAAGUUUAUUUUUAUGUGGGUCUUAAACCAUAUGAAGUCAGUUUGAUAAAGAAGCGGUUUUGGAGUUUGACCUAAUUAUAUGCCCGGACUUUUUGUUUUUGUUUCGUUGGAAGUUCUAGGCAGUAGUUACUUCACAUUCCAAGUGUGAAUCUGUCUUUGACUCAUCUUUUUAAUAAAAAAAGAGGAAAAAAAGUACCUACCACCAUUGACUGUCCUUUCAGUUUGUGAAUAUCUGUAGAGAAAUGUGUUCUUUCCUGCAUUUGAGGAUGUGAUGACAGAAUGAUGCCUAUUUUGUAUGUAGGUGGAUACUCUUUAAUGGGUGGGCUCAACAUGUGUUAAUAAAAAGGAGGAAAAGGAAAAAGGAGUUUUGAGCUAAA